AUCAAUCCGUUCCUCGUCUCCCGUGACUCUUCUUCUCGUCUCCCCUCUCCCCUCACCUCCUCUCCCGAAACUCCCUCCCACGAAGACAUGGCGUCCACCUCCAGAUCCGCGCGUUUCCCCACCGCGUGAACCCCAUCUCUGCCAGAUCCAGGGCGAGGCCGGCGGCGGACGGGCGAGGGGCGAGGCAGGCGGCGGGGAACACAGCGGAGCCGGCGAAGGGGAAGGCAGAGGAGCGAGUGUUUGUGCUUGCAUUUUUCCUAACUGAAAGUGUCACUGCUGGAGCCUGCCAUGCGACCUCCUGGUAGAGGUGCUUCAAAAACCCUAGAGGUGCUUCCUCCCCGGCGCGCGCCAGCUAUGGAGGACGAGGAGAUGGAGAAGAAGGUGCAGCAGUACCUGCACCGCAAGGGCUUCCGCCUCACGGAGCUCGCGCUGCAGGAGGAGCGCAAUCGCCUCUCUACCACCUCCCUCUCCGACGUCUCGCUCUCCAGGUCGGAUAACGAUCCAUCAAGAUACUAUGAUGGUUACAGUAGGCUAAGAACAUGGGCAUAUAGUUCUCUGGAUCAAUACAAGCAUGAAUUACUCCGUGUCCUUUAUCCAGUGUUUAUACAUUGCUUCAUGGAUCUAGUGGCAGAGGGACAUGCACAUGAAGCUCGUUCAUUUUUCCAAGCAUUUCGGGAAGAUCAUGAACUGAUGCAUUCAAGGGAUCUCCAGAAACUGGAAGGCAUUCUUUCUCCUUCGCAUCUGGAGGAAAUGGAUCUGGCUCGAUCUUUAAGGCAAAAUAAAUUCAGAAUUAAAUUAUGUGAGUAUUCAUAUGAAUUGCUUCUUCAGUAUCUCCAGAAAACACAAGCUCUUGUGAUGCUUGGAAUAAUCAAUGAAAGGAUAAUUUUUGAAGUAUCUGCUGGGCAACCUUCAUUGAUCUCUGAUGAUGCGGAUGUAGUUGCUCUGGUCGGAACCAGUAAGGACUUGGCAAAACAGAUAAAUCAGAAGGAAGUGCAUUGGGGGUUGCUUGAAGAUUCAGUCGAGGAACGUAUGGAGAAGGCACUCUCAGAUUCUGAUAAAACUGAAGCGGAAAGCAAGGAUGCAGACACAGAAGAUAACAAGAAAAAAUCUUCAGAAGGUGGAAAGCAGGGUGGUUCUCUUAAAAAGCUCAAAAAGGAUAAGCUUGUUGGUGCAACAGGGAAAAACAACAAAUCUGAAACGAGCAUGGUUUCUGCGGCACCUCGUGUGAAACCAGAGCUAACCCUUCCAGCGACGCCUGUUGAAGUUGAACAAUCAGUUCUCGAGGACUUGCGAAAUCGUGCACAGUUGAAUAACUUGGCAUUACCAUCUGUUAGCUUCUACACAUUCCUUAAUACACAUAAUGGAUUAAAUUGCACGUCGAUUUCAAACGAUGGAUCAUUGGUUGUUGGUGGGUUCUCAGACUCAUCAGUAAAGGUCUGGGAUAUGUCAAAGAUUGGUCAGCCAACCAAAACAUGCAGUUCACAAGGAGAGAAUGGAUCUUCACAGGGUGAGCAUUUAUCAGGCACAACUGAGGGGAAAAGACCAUAUACGUUAUUCCAAGGCCAUUCUGGGCCAGUUUAUUCCGCUGCCUUUAGUCCAUUUGGGGAUUUUCUCUUGUCAUCAUCUUCAGACUCAACAAUUAGACUAUGGAGUACCAAGUUGAACGCCAAUCUCGUUUGUUACAAAGGACACAACUACCCAGUUUGGGAUGUCCAAUUUAGUCCAGUCGGCCAUUACUUUGCCAGUGCGUCGCAUGACAGGACCGCUCGUAUCUGGUCAAUGGAUAAAAUCCAACCUUUGCGAAUAAUGGCUGGCCAUCUUUCUGAUGUUGAUUGUGUACAAUGGCAUGUAAACUGUAACUACAUUGCCACCGGCUCUAGUGAUAAAACUGUAAGACUAUGGGAUGUUCAAACUGGUGAAUGUAUACGGAUGUUUAUUGGUCAUAGGAGUAUGGUUUUGUCGUUGGCAAUGUCUCCUGAUGGACGGUACAUGGCCUCUGGAGAUGAAGAUGGAACCAUCAUGAUGUGGGAUCUCUCUACUGGUCGCUGCGUUUCGCCACUAGCAGGUCACAACUCUUGUGUAUGGUCACUUGCUUUCAGCUGCGAAGGAGCAUUGCUUGCAUCUGGAUCAGCAGAUUGCACUGUUAAACUCUGGGAUGUUGCAUCCAGCACAAAGGCCCUGAAGUUGGAUGACACCAAAGGUGGUUCAACGAACCGACUGAGGUUGCUGAAAGCUCUCCCUACAAAAUCUUCUCCUGUUUACAACUUGCGGUUCUCUCGGAGGAAUCUCUUAUUUGCUGCUGGUGCUCUCUCGCUAGGCUCCUAAGCUGUCUGUAUGUUCUCUAGAAUACAAUUGGCAUUCUUUCAGUUUUGAUCUUAAAUAGUGAAGUUGAUGUUUACUCGGCUGACUCCUGUUGUAGAACAUUAGUCUCAAUGAACCCUCUAUCUAGGGUUGAACUGUAGCCUGUGAGUAGUGCAACACAAUGGAAUGUGUAUUGAUGUAACAUUAGCUGAAUUAAAUUAUAUAAAAUUUCGUAGCUGCAAAGAGAAGCAUGGAUGCACAGUUGAUGAAAGAAGUAGAUAAUCCAAGAGCUUUACGUGCU